UGUAUGUUAAACGCCUGAAAUACAAGAAAAAGAAGAACAACAGCAACAACUUUAGCGGCAUCUGUGUAAAAUUUUGUUAUUACAUGUGUUAAUAUUUACUUGCUGAAGUAGAGACUGUGUGAUAGAUAUCGCAGUCGUGAUGUCCGGUGGUCCAGCGGUGCGGGUCAGCAUCGAGCUGUCCUCUGAGAAGCAGGUGCAGGAGGUGGCCCUCGAUGGGACAGAGACAUAUGUCCCCCCGCUGUCCAUGUCCCAAAAUCUAUCCAAACUGGCCCAAAGGAUCGACUUUAGCCAAGGAUCGGACUCAGAGGAGGACGGUGCCGAGGUCGAAGCCAGAGACCGUGAGUGGAUCAAACAGGAGCCAGAGGAAGAAGAAGGCACUAUAAAAUUUCAGCCGUCCCUGUGGCCGUGGGACUCAGUGCGUAACAAUCUGCGCAGCGCCCUGACAGAGAUGUGUGUGCUCAACGAUGUGCUCAGUGUGGUGAAGGAGAAGAAGUACAUGGCCUUAGACCCAGUGUCUCAGGACCCCACAGCUGGUAAAACCCCUCAGGUGUUCCAGCUGAUCAGUAAGAAGAAAUCACUGGCUACAGCAGCACAGAUCCUCCUGAAGGGAGCAGAGAAACUCACUAAGUCAGUUGCAGAGAACCAAGAGAACAGGAGGCAAAGGGACUUCAACUCUGAGCUGCUGCGACUCCGCUCACAGUGGAAACUACGCAAAGUAGGAGACAAGAUUCUGGGAGACCUCAGCUAUCGCAGUGCAGGCUCCCUGUUUCCUCACCAAGGCACGUUUGAGGUGAUCAAGAACACAGAUAUUGAUCUGGACAAGAAGAUUCCAGAGGAUUACUGUCCUCUGCAUGUGCAAAUCCCCAGUGAUUUGGAGGGAUCUGCUUAUAUCAAGGUGUCCAUCCAGAAACAGGCUCCAGAUAUUGGUGAUCUGGGGACGGUAAAUCUUUUUAGGAGACAACCAAAAACCAAAGCAGGAAUGCAGCCGUGGCACGUGAAGCUGGAGGCAGCUCAGAAUGUGUUACUGUGUAAGGAGAUCUUUGCCCAGCUGUCCAGGGAAGCUGUCCAGAUCAAAUCCCAGAUACCCCACAUUGUUGUGAAGAACCAGAUUAUCUCUCAGCCAUUUCCAGGUUUGCAACUGUCCAUCUCACUCUGCCACUCUACGGGAGAAAAGAAGAACCAUCGGGCGUCUCCAGAGAAAUCCAAACCAGAUGACCAUCUCUACGUACUAGAACACAACCUGCAUCAAAUGAUGCGUGAAUUUCACAAGCAGCAGCUGAGCUCUAUUAUGAUGCCACAUCCUGCUAGCGCUCCUUUUGGCCACAAACGUCUGAGGUUAGCAGGGCCGCUAGCUUACGACAAAGCUGAGAUUUCCAUGCUGCAGCUGAAUGAAGGCCUGCUGGAGAAGAUCAUCAACCAAGCCAAACACAUCUUCUUACGCAGCAGGACAGCGAGGACUAUUGACAGUCUUGCCAGCCGGAUCGAAGACCCCCAGAUCCAGGCUCACUGGUCCAAUAUCAACGAUGUGUAUGAGUCCAGCGUAAAGGUGCUCAUCACCUCUCAGGGCUACGAGCAGAUCUGCAAGUCCAUACAGCUCCAACUGAACAUUGGUGUAGAGCAGAUUAGAGUCGUGCACAGAGAUGGGCGUGUCAUCACGUUGUCCCACCAGGAACAGGAACUGCAGGACUUCCUUCUCUCACAAAUGUCACAGCACCAGGUGCAUGCAGUGCAGCAGCUGGCCAAAGUGAUGGGCUGGCAUGUCCUGAGCUUCAGUAAUCAUGUGGGCCUUGGUCCAGUGGAGAGCAUUGGAAAUGCCUCUGCUGUCACUGUUGGUUCUCCCAAUGGAGAGUAUGCCAUCUCAGUGCGCAAUGGCCCAGAGAGCGGCUGCAAAGUUUUGGUCCAGUUUUCCCGUAGCCAGACCAAAGAGCUGCCGAAAAGUGACGUCAUCCAGGAUGCCAAGUGGAGCCACCUCAGAGGGCCCUACAAGGAGGUCGACUGGAACAAGAUGGAAGGAAGAAAUUUUGUCUAUAAGAUGGAACUCCUCAUGGCUGCACUGACUCCAUGUCCUUAGAGAACAUUAUCUGUCUGGACUU